UCCAUGAAAGCUGCACUCCGCUGUCAGCCAUGAGUAUCAAUCAUGAAAGCAUGCCACAAAAAGGUUUCUCUGCGCCAUUACAGCAUGUGAGCCAUAUUCAUUUAGAGUCAUCAUCUGAUAUACCAGUUUCUAAUGAUGUAGCAUUAUCAAGGUGUACUCCUUCUAUGCCUAGGAAACAGCUCUUUGGAGAUGUGCAAAAGGUUCAUCGUUUUGGUAGCGACCAAGUUUACUUUGGCGGGGAAGAAGACAUGUCUAGUGUCUCCAAUUUUGUUGAUAUUGAGUGGCUUUCAUCAUCAGAAAAUUCAUGCGUGAAUGCUCUAUUUGACAGGUCGUCAGCACUUACAAGGAAUUUGACAACGUCUUCAACAGAGAAUAUUAUCAAUGUAGGACAAUCGGCACAUACUACAAGUGAAAGUGGGUCAAGCAGCAGUAAGGGGAAGGAACCGAUGGGAACAAAGAUUCGGGAGGACUUUGCAGAUAGCUUCAAAGAAUGGGUAGCAUACGGUGAAGCACUCUGUCACUGAGUCCAAAAUCUUAGGAACACGGAAUGGUAUAAAAGAGUAGUGUAAUACUGAAAAUAGCUGAAACGUUCUUUUGAGACUUUUUUUUCCCCCUAAUUUGUUUUGAAGCCGUUUGUAAAUAGUGUAAUGUUAUAUAUAUAUAAAUCUAAUCUUUGUACGAUUCGUGUGAAAA